AAGCUCACUGCCUGCUGCUCCUGGACACCUGUUACCAUGAGGUUCCUGAUCCUGUUCCUAGCCCUGUCCCUAGGAGGGAUUGAUGCUGCACCUCCUGUCCACUCUCGAAUUGUUGGAGGAUUUAAAUGUGAGAAGAAUUCCCAACCCUGGCAUGUGGCUGUGUACCGUUACAACGAAUAUAUAUGCGGGGGUGUCCUGUUGGAUGCCAACUGGGUUCUCACAGCUGCCCACUGCUAUUACGAAGAGAACAAGGUUUCCCUAGGAAAAAACAACCUAUACGAAGAGGAACCCUCUGCUCAGCACCGAUUGGUCAGCAAAAGCUUCCUUCACCCUGGCUACAACAGGAGCCUCCAUAGAAACCACAUCCGACAUCCUGAGUAUGACUACAGCAAUGACCUGAUGCUGCUCCGCCUCAGCAAGCCUGCUGACAUCACAGAUGUUGUGAAGCCCAUCGCCCUGCCUACUGAGGAGCCCAAGCUGGGGAGCACAUGCCUUGCCUCAGGCUGGGGCAGCACUACACCUUUCAAGUUCCAAAAUGCAAAAGAUCUCCAGUGUGUGAACCUCAAGCUCCUGCCUAAUGAGGACUGUGGCAAAGCCCACAUAGAGAAGGUGACAGAUGUCAUGCUGUGUGCAGGAGAGACAGAUGGAGGCAAAGACACUUGCAAGGGAGACUCAGGAGGCCCACUGAUCUGUGAUGGUGUUCUCCAAGGUAUCACAUCAUGGGGCUUUACCCCAUGUGGUGAACCCAAAAAGCCGGGCGUCUACACCAAACUUAUUAAGUUUACCUCCUGGAUCAAAGACACUAUGGCAAAAAACCUCUGAGUGAUACACUGUCUGCCUUUCUCAAUAAAAUUCACUAUGCAACAAAUG